AUGGCUAUCUUUUCAACAUAUUCCGUGUGUUCCAAACUACAUUCAAAACCAGCUCAAAUGUCGUCUUUAGAAAAUUAUCAGAUUGAAAAAUGCCGCGGUACACAUGAGAGGGGAGGAGAAAAGGAAAUGGAUCAGGAGUUCGAUAGGCAGAGAAAGAAGAAGCUUCAAAAAAGGAAAGUCGAGCUGACCGAUCAGUUUUCAUUAUCACGAAAUGCGAAAAGCAAAAAAUUAGAUAUCACUGUUUUGAUAAUUGUUAACGAUGCUGAAAGUGCUGAAAAAGAAUACGACACAUCUCUUAAUUCAAUUCGAUGUUAUUGUGAAAACCAAAAAUAUCGGCUUGAAAUUGUCGAAGAUACCGAUUUCAGACAUUUCUGUCAACAAGAGAAUAGCAUAUUCCGUCGACAUUGUAUAGUUGCUCACCUUCUACGAGAAAGUGAAUAUGUAUUCCUUUUGGAACCUGGAAUGGCUGUUGUCAAUGAUGAUAUACGGCUGGAAGAAUUCAUUGAUGACAGAUAUGAUAUGACUAUGUAUGAUAAAUUUACAAGCUGGGAAAUUGAUACAAGUUCAUAUGUUGUUAAGAAUACUGUCUGGUCUCGUGAUUUUCUGAUGAAACUCGCAGAAUUUGAGACGAAAAUUCCAUCUUCGAGCAAUGAUAACACUGCUCUUCAUAUCCUUCUUCAAAAAACCUUCUAUCCACAGUUUACCGAAGAUGCAGGAAACUGCAUGAAAAUUUUGGAAAACUUAGAGUUUUCUACUGGAAACCAACAAAUUAUGUUAACUUUUGAAGCGUGCAUUCGAUCUGUUAUUGGAGAAAACCAUGAAUUCAAAAAUAAUUUAAGAAUUAUCAAAAAAGGAACGGCAUGGACCAGAGAAAUCUGGUUGACUGACUCAAAAUGGAAUCAGAAUCGAGAUUUUAUACUAAACGGAUUGAAGAACUCUCAUCAGACAACAUUUGCACAUGGCGUGUUGUCUGAUAUCUUGCUCGGACGACAAACAUGGAGGUCUCCUUUUAUGAAGACACCAAGCCAAGAAAAAUGUGAUUUCUCCAAAUGGGAAUAUGACCAAUCAUUGAUUGUUUCCAAGUUUGAAAUAGAUGAAUAUCUGAUGGAGAAGUUCGAAGAGGUUGAAAAGAUGAGAUGGCAAAGUUUAGCGGCAGUUGGAAAUUAUAUGAGCAAAGUAUAA